AAAAGUGGAUUUGAUUGGCUUUAUCCUUAACAACCAAAAACCUAUUAUAUAAAUUACAAGAAGGAAUAGUCAAGAGUGUGAAAAUCACUAACAUAGCCAAAACAGAGAGCGAGAGAGAGAGAGAAAUAGACGUCAAAAAGCUUGAUUCAGAGCUUCAAUGGCAUCAAGGAAGGGCUUCCUUUCGAAGGUGAGUUCCAUGUUUGCAUCAUCGAGCAGCGAAUUGGAGGGAAAAGCCGUAGAAGCUGACAUGGAAUUGGAUGAAGCUGAGGUGUGGAACUGGAACUUAUCCAACAGCAAUAACAGUGUCACAGAGUCGAAGAAGUGGUCACGAUCUGGUAAGAAAGGGUUUAAAAAGGUGGAGGGUGGUGGCAGAGUCAACCCUGUUGCAUCAUCCUCAAUGCCGGUGAAUAUUCCAGAUUGGUCCAAGAUUUUGAAGGAGAACUAUGAGGAGCACGAGAACAGAGAUUCUGUGAGUGGUGAUGAUGAUGAUGAUGAUGGUGGUGGCGAACGAGUACCCCCUCAUGAGUAUCUUGCUAGGAACAGAGGAGCUUCUCUCUCUGUGCAUGAAGGAAAAGGGAGGACCCUCAAAGGUAGGGACUUGCGCAGUGUUAGAAAUGCCAUUUGGAAGAAAAUUGGUUUUGAAGAUUGAUUUUUUCAUCCGAUUCCAUUCUACAACUUUUCAAUUUUUGGAACCUGGCUCUGUAAGAAAGAGUUCAUAUUCGUAUGCAUCUUCUGCUCCUCAUCAACGAUAUUUGUUUUCUUCUUUUUGGACCAUUCUUGUUUGCUAAGUUAUCUAAGAAGAUGUAUAAGUCUCUUUCGUUUUGAGUGUCUGAAAGAAGAAUCACUCAUGCUUGUAAUUAACUAUUUUCAACUACCUAAAAGAAGGAUUGGUUUUGUACUU